GCCGCGGCGUGCUCUCUGUGGGUCGGUCGGUCCACAAGGCUCUGCUAGGCUAGCACCGCGGCUGCUACAUCCGGGCGCUCCGACUCGCUGUUUCCAAGCCCUGCGAAGAUGGCGACGUCAGGGAGGAGUGCGUUAUUAUCCUCCACCUCAGCCGGACCCAAGAGCUCACUGGAGAGCUCCAACCCGGAGGAGGAUGACGGACAGGAUCUCUGGUCCACCAUCCUGAGUGAGGUGUCAACCCAUUCAAGAUCGAAGCUACCGUCUGGGAAAAAUGUCCUGGUCAUGGGUGAGGUGGGAUCGGGGAAGACCACCUUGGUUGCAAAACUACAGGGGGUUGAAGAAUUCAUGAAAGGGCGUGGCCUGGAAUACCUCUACUUCAGUGUCCACGAUGAUGACAUUGACGAUCAAACUAGGUGUAACGCCUGGGUGUUAGAUGGCGACCUUUACCACAAAGGUCUGCAGGGAGUGGCCGUUCCAGUGGACUCCAUCGGCAACACGUUGCUGCUGAUAACGGUUGACAUGUCACGGCCGUGGAACGCCCUCGACUCGCUCCAGAAGUGGGCUGCCGUCGCCAGGGAACACGUCGACAAACUCCGGGUCGCCCCCGAAACGCUGCGGGAGCUGGAGCAGAGACUUGUAAAACAGUUCCAGGAGUACACAGAGCCCGGCAGUGGGGAGGAUGGUACCCCGCAGAGGAGGAGUGAUGAGGAGGAGAGUGUGCUGCUGCCGUUAGGAGAAAACACACUAACACACAACCUGGGCAUUCCAGUGGUGGUGGUCUGCACCAAGUGUGACGCUAUCAGCACUUUGGAAAAGGAGCACGACUACAGGGAUGAACACUUGGACUUCAUCCAGUCCCACGUCAGGAGUUUUUGUCUGCAGUACGGUGCAUCUCUGGUUUACACGUCAGUGAAGGAGAUGAAGAACUUAGACAUCCUCUACAAAUAUCUGGUCCACAGACUCUAUGGCUUUCCCUUCCACAGCCCUGCACAAGUGGUGGAAAGAGAUGCCGUCUUCAUUCCAUCAGGUUGGGACAAUGAGAAAAAGAUUGCCAUACUUCACGAGAACUUCCAGACACUAAAAUCAGAAGACAGCUUUGAGGAAGUAGUAGUCAAACCACCAGUCAGAAAGAUUGUCCAUGAAAAGGAAAUCCAAGCAGAAGACGACCAAGUAUUCCUGGUAAAGCUGCAGUCGCUGCUCGCCAAACAGCCGGCGCCGACUGCAGGGCGUCCUGUGGAUACCACGAGCAGAGCACCCACCGGUUCUCCCAGGACGAGUAAUCGCUCGGCAGCGGCCAACGUAGCGAACACCAUGCCACAGUCAGGUCAGACCAGUGAGGGUGUGUUGGCCAACUUCUUUAACAGUCUACUGACAAAGAAGGCAGGGACAGGGGGUCCCGGGACGCCGGGUGGUGGCAACAACACUCCAGGAACCGUACGCAAGUCAGGUUCCAAGCUGGGCCUGAGCGACGUACAGGCGGAACUCGACCGCAUAUCCAGCCGGGAGACGGACUCAGACUUACCCAAUGCCAACGACACCCCUGCCACCGACGGCCAGGACACAUGAAGGCUAACACGUUUCACCCUGCUCUCCUCCUCCUCCCCCUCAGUCACCCUUCACCUCCCGUGUCUUUCCUCCCUCCAGCCUCGGCACCGUCUCCAUUACAAAGUUGUGGAGGAGAAGAAGGGAAGCAGGGGAUUCGGAGGGAUGGGCACAUUGGGUUUUUUCUCCCCCAUCCUCUUUUACGUUCUCCUCAAGAUGAAGACCUCACCCUCUCUUCUGCCUGCAUCUUCCUACGCACCUCAUUCUCCUUCCCCUUCCUAUAUCUCUUCUCUGCUCUUCUCUUCCUGGCUGUUUAACUGAGGGCGAGUAUUUGUUACUUUUACGACUGUCUGUUACAUGAGAGUGACUGGCUAUGGGGGACCAAUGGGAUGGUGGUGUGGAGUUUGGGAUAGGAAGACGUAAGGGGCGGGCUGAACAAGAUUGAUUGCAAGAAUGAAAGCGAUUCAUCCAUCCAUUUAUUGUGAUGGUACAGUUAGUGUUUUUACUGUAGGAACUGCUGAAGGAGCGCAUGUUGAAGAAACUGCACUUAGGUACUAUAGGGAUGAUUGUGUGGUUGUGUGUAUCAUGUGUCUGGGACAGUCCCGCUUGGCCAGAGGAAGAGAUUGAGAACUGAAAAAUAUGCCUGUAACAAAAUUGCAAACAGUCUUUUUUGUUUUUUAGAUGAAGGGACAAACAUACCAGUAUUUGUGUGCGUGUGCUUGUGUGAGUGAAUGAGAGAGACUGAAUGAGGCGUAUUAAGAAAGUUAAGUUACUUCAACCUAGACCUGUAUUGUUUGGCUGUUUGCAUUUCAACAAAGAGGCAAAAAAAAAAAACUUCAUGACUAUGCUCUUACACUACAGCCUCUUAAAAACAGUGCACACUCUAUUAUUACAGCAACCAUGUCUGUUGGACUACACAAACCAAACCUGACAAAUAAAAUAUACCACAAAAUCAAAGUUCACCCUGGAGCACUUGUCCUGUGUAGACGGCACCAUCAUGGCACCCAGUUCUACGAUUGGUCAAACUUCCCCCUCGUGGUAAAUGUACUGCUCAAACCUGUAGAUAACAGACGGUGCACUGAAUAGAUUAGUGGGUGGGUGGGUAGCUGAGCUUUAUUUGUACAGAAAGAAGCACUAGUGAUUCAGUUCCAUAGUAACUGGGGGCAGGUUUGUGGGUGGGCAAAAGGGGGUCAGAACACGGGAGGGUCACAUUAAGAAUGUACAGUCAUUGUCUUGCUGAUUGGUCCUGUUAUUUCAGAGCUCUGUGUUGGCGUUUGUAUAAUCAGAUCUGUUAACCAGUCAAAUAAAAAGGUGUAUUUAUUCGGAUUCAUCCACCCAGCCUCUUUAGGUUUCAUUACUCCUCUACUCGCUCUAUAAAAAAAAAAAGGGACUAAUUACGGUUGGAUGAAAACAGGCCGCGGCUGAGGAUCCUCCAGCUGGAUGAUUUGGGUUUGAGUCCUUGUUGGUAAGCACCCACCUGCUGAAGUGCCGCAUGCAAAACACUGAAUUGACACCAGGACAAUUUGAAGUCAGAUCCCUUUGGAGCGUCUGAUAUGCAAAAAGCUAUCCAAAGAGCAGGCUGCAGAUGAUGGAUAAAGGUAGUUGAAAUACAGCAAGCACGUGGUGUUGAGGUGAAAAUGAGUUGUGAACACUGUCUUCUUCCUCAGGCAGAACAAAAUGCUAAUGUCGGGUACUACACUGAAUUAGCAAAUUAAAACUAGAGUGGCACUCAGUGAGUGGAUACCUCAGUCCCAACAUUCCCCUUAGAUUGCUGCACCAAAGUUAAAACACUCGUAGAUAUAAAUAUAUAAAUCUCCUAAACAUCCCUCAACCCCCCGCCCCUGAAGUUCCAUGAAUUAUUCUAAAGAAUGUUAAAGAUCAUCAAAAAAUGACCCAUCCUGUCCCAUCGUUCACCAAAGACGUCUUCAGACAUGGACUCUUGACAAUGGCCAAACAAUUAGGUUCAGACACUAUCCAGAGUUUUUCUUUCACAUAUCUAGAACACAGCAGGGGAUUGUUCGAGUCAGGCGGCUUCACCACAACAAGGAAAACUCCAAAGAUCAUCCAGAGCAGCUGACUUGGACUCUCACCGUUGCUCUGGAAAAUGUCUAGAAUUCAGUGCAUGUCUGAAAUCAGCUCAUCUAUUCUGUAGUUUUUGCAUAAUUCUGCUGACAAGGAAGCAACACCAUUGGGGAUAAACCUACCUGCUUGGAAAACGCUCAAAAUUCUGUUUAUUAAUUAAUAAAAAAAUGUUUGUGAAGAUUCUCAGUUGUCCAGUUCAUGGUUAUUCAAGAUGUGCUGGAUGAGGGUAACUGACUUGAAGAUGUGUCACCUCUCUUCUUUUUGUGGAGACUCUGUGCAUCUCUUGCAUUGAUGAGCCUCACAAUGAAAGUAAUUACCUCAGGGCGAUUGCAUUGUGAGUUGUUAAGUUGUUUUUUUCAUCCUAUGUGGACUCUGGCUGCUGAAUUGGUUAUUUCUCAUCUCAAAAUGCCCUGAGCAAGAGAAGCAUCAAUAUAUCACACCUUUAGGUAUGAUAAAUGUAAGAGGACCAUCUCUUAGAUUCAACAACUAACUAUAUGUAUGUAUAUGUAUAUAUAAGUGUGAUAUGCAGACAUACAGUAGUUGUUCUGCAUUUUGUCUUUUAGUAUAUUGUCUUGUUCUGCUAAUUGUCUUUUCUUUUGUCCAUGCUGUUUCUAUCAUCAGUCAUGUAAAUGAAAUACAUGUACUCCUCUUGUCACCACAGAGGGAAACAGUG